AUGAUUCACUCCUUUGCCCUCGUUUUUACUGGUCUGCUCACGUUAUCAGCGGCGUUGGGCGGCCACAUCCCAGCCGCCAUUCUGCUCAUAUACAUGAUGCUGUUCCGAAACUCAAAAGGUGCGACCCCCCCGGUGGUGCUUCUGCUGGCGUUUUUAUUUGCGUUGUUGCAGGUGCUGUCCACGCUCAUCGUAAAUCUAGUCGCUGUCUUCUCCCCCGCGGCGCGGAAGGUGCUUUUUGGCGACCACCGUGUCUUAGUCGAGUCGUUCGGCGUCUAUGAAGCAGGGCCGGGCGCCAAGGCGUGGAUUGUUGCAGGUGCCUGCAUCCCCUCCAAACUUAUUCUUGUGUUUAUUACUUUAUUUCGAAGAAAACUGUCACGCCGUUCUUCCAUGAGACGCGUGCGCUCACUGCCAACAACCAUGUCUUGGGCCUUCAUGAGCGUUGCCACACCACUGAUCGCCCCCACUGUGUUGGCUGGAGCGCUCUUGUUGAUUGGCAUGAUUUCUUUUUUCUGUUUGGCGCUCGGAGCGAGCACACUGAUAUUUGGGGCGUUGUCUUCUCGGCAUGGCCGCUUCCCACUCCUCGUUCUACACGUCUGCUCCGUAUGUGGGACAUUUGCGAGUUGCAUCAUUUUGGUGGCUUCAUGCGUUUCCCAAAAUACUGCCGUGGCCCAUGCUCUGGUUGACGUGGAUCCCAUGUACGGCUUGACGAACUUGUAUAACCAGACCGCAGACAUCGCUAUUCGUCGAUUUGUGCAGCUUUGCUUCAUGACGCUUACACUCUUUCUCGCCCAAAUGGCUAUGGAAUGUCAUGGGAGGGAAGUGCAACAACAGAAUGUAAACAACCCGCUUUUGCGUGAAGAGGUACCAAGAAACAGUGGUAGGGUGGGUGGAGGCGUUCGCAGUACGUCUGUGGCAGUAGUUUUUAAUCGUGUGGGCAAUGCUGCUGGUGGUGAUGGUGGUAGUGUUUCUUCCUAUCGGACAUGUUGUUUGCCUCUUGCUGUGGAGUCAUCGCACGCGCGUUCUCAAACAGAACGUUCAUCUCUUUGCAGCAGCGCUGCUAUUGGAGCGAGCCCCAUCGAACGGGUUGUAGUUGCCUUUGGUUGUGCUGGCACAUGGAUGCUGCGGAUACUGCUUUCCAGCGCUCGCCUGAUGCCGUUGGCGCUCAUGGCUGCCAACAUGAUUGCUUUUCCAACCGUCGUCUCGUUGAGUUUGUUGCCGACGAUGAUGCUAGGGCAGCUGCUGCACUCUCAGCUCUUUGCGUCUCUUUUGCGGCUGACGCUGCUCCUCACUUUUUUCCUCGUCAAUGUCCAGUACGUUGUGUUUGCCACAGAUACGGUCCAGCCAAAAAUUGUACGACGCCUCUUCUUGAGCGACGAGGGGCAGUGGCUGGGUUUGGUGCAGCUGAUCGCCAGCGAGAAUAUAUUUCUUGCGAUGCUUGCGGCCUACGUGGUUACUCGUCACCACUCCCGUUUUGCUCAGCGAGAGGAAAGUGACUUGAACGAUAACGUUGUGUCGUCAGCAUCGUGGUCACGAUCAUUAUUCCCGGCAUUAGCUUUGCAUACGCCUCAUGAAUUUAUGACGUUGCGGAGUGUGAGUGAGAAUAGUAAUAACUGCAGUAACGUUCAUGCUCCUUUGGAUUCGCUGGGGGUACAGCGAGCUGCGGAACUCAAGUUGGGGGCUCAGCGUGUGACAGAGUUGCUUGCGUAUUUUCCUUCCGACCUGCCUGAAAGCUUUGAGGCGUUUGAGCAGCUCUUUGUUUCUCUGGUUGGGCGCAAACCUAUUGCUGAGGAGGUUAGAUGCCUGUACAAGGAUCAAAUUGGCGAUGUCCUUUUACUUGAGAAGCUGCAUGAUUCAGAGCGUCCUCUGCUAUCUUAUUAUGCUCGUUGGGCGGAGGUUUUGUUUAUGCGUCAUGCCGUUCUCAUUGCCCUGCUACUUCUUUUUUGUGUGGGUUCCUUUACAUAUCACAUGGAUAUUUUACAUGCCGCUGUGUUACUGCUAUUUAUUCUCUACUUUUUCCUUCCGGAGUCCACGGGCAAUGCAUGGAUGUUGGUGGUGGUAUAUUUGAUGUGCUUGACGGCGUUUGAGCUUAUAUUUACGUUUGCGAGUGGGUUCUUUAAACUUCCCACAUACAUUGCCGGUGGUUCGUUGCAGUACGCCACAAUUGGGUUGGUUCCACUGCGUUCUCGCUACGAGGCUGUUCCAUAUAUUUUGGCUAUUUUUGUUAUGACGUUUUUGUUCUUGCGGCUCCGUGUGUGCCGCUCAUGGGGGACUGUAGUUUCACUGCACGAGUGGGACCGUUUUUGCUGCUCCAAUAUCGCCCGUCAGUGGUCCAGGCGGGCCACGAUGACGGUGGCCACGGCAGUGUUUGUAGCAUUAGGCGUAUUUCUGGAUUACUCUCUUAUUGUGGAGGGGUUUCUUGCACUCUUUCUCCUCCUCACCAUAUCCGCAGCCGCACUUGCUCUAUCGAACCCGCUGUUUGGGACGUUGUGGUGUAUUGCGUGUGUCUACAGCGGCAUAGUGAUGACGGUGACCUCCGUGUGUCAGUUUACACAGCUUGCGGAAGUUCUACGAGAGAAUCUUUUUGAGCGCCUCUGCCCUAGUGAUGACGGCAACAGCAACGCCACCAUUAUUAGUCGUUGUGAGCAGGAGAUUGGAUUGUACCCGGCGCGCGAGGACAUGCCGCUUACCUUUUUUCUUGCACCGUGGUUUCUUGCCUUUGCCACGGCGAUGUCCCAUCUCGGCCUGAAACGCGAGAUAGAGGCAUCACUGCAACGAAUUGACCACCAUGAGAGCGUGAGUGGGGGAAUGAGCAUGAUGCAGCAGCAAGAACAACAGUCACCCGAAGGCCAGUGUGAUAGGGAACAGAGAUUUGUGCUUUUGGACUGCACCUCUUUGCCUUCGUUAGACAGUGGCGAUCAGCGCUUUAUCCGGCACGCCCUGAGUCUUCUUGUAAUGAUGGACACACUUGGCGAGUGGAUCGCCGCGUUUGGCGCAGAUUAUGGUGGAGUAAUGGUGUGGGUGUCGCUUUUUCUACUCGCCACGUAUCGCCUUACAGUGCUAAACUCUGUCUACAUGGUGUUUUUACUCCUUGACUUUACUCAUAUCUCAGUGUUGAUUUAUUGCGUGCUGCACAUCCUUGUCCUAUACACGUACAAGUUUUCAUUUGUCACUGAGAUUACGUACAGCUUCCGUGGUGUACCGCUUGCUACAUUUAUUGGUUUGGAAAAGGGUGGUGGGAAUUCACCUUUUGCGCUUGUGCUGGGCCCCGUGUUAGUUUUUUUUGUUAUGCUGCUGCGCAUUCACACAUGUGGAGCUAACAAGGACAUCAGACGUCGUCAGCGCACGGAAGGUCCGGAAAGCAGCAGCUGGAAGAGUGUCUUCUGUACACAACUUUUUUUCUACGCCGGCUACGAGGGGCUGAUAGUGACGCUGCUUAUACUUCUUGCCUCUUCCAGCAAUUCUUGCAGUGGUGCAGUGGUGGGAUUGGUACUGCUGCCGCUAUUACUAGCAACAGGGCGGCAGCGAUUGUAUCGUGGGUAUCCCUGCUUUUUUAUUCUGCUGCUGCUUUCCCUCAUACUUGUCUGGCAAUACGCACUACUUUUAAAUGUUGCACAUAACGUGUUUCCUACGAUUGUGCGUUUUUCUCAAAUGGCCGACGGGAGUGACACCUGGCAGCACUGGGUUUUUGUGUCACACUACCACACCCUUGUGGGGUGUUUUAUCGGCAUCAUGCUACUUCACACAAAUCGUCAGCAGUCUGCAGACACUGCUGUGUCCUUCUCUGUGCUUCGAUCUCAGUUUAAUGGGCACACCACUCUGGUGGGUUUUGUUCGUGCAGCAUCUGUGAAGUCACUUCAACGUUUACCACGUGACAACUUUGACCGUGUCAUCCCGCAUUUUGUGGAGGCCUCACCGCCAAGUUGUCUUGGACGUGUGACGACACAUAUCGUUUUUGCCGUGUCGUACUUGUGUCCUGUAGCCGUCUUUUCCUUUGCCGCGGCGGUGGUGUCGUCGCCCUCUGUCAUCAAUCUCCUGCUGCUUGUUGCUGGAUUGUUGCAGCUGGGACAUAUGGAAACGCUGCAUUGGCGCUUCUCCUCCAUUUGGCCGUCCAUAUCGGCAGCCUACUGGCUUCUCAUUUGCCUCCCCGUCGUCUGCAAUGCACCGUACGUGCGGCAGUUUUUGGUGGAGCACUGCAGUUUUAGUGAAGUUGUGGGUGUUGUGCAGGCAGGUGAACCCUUCCUGCUGGGCCCACUGCAUGUCUUGCUUCUUCUUAUGGUGACGGUGCAAGCACGUGUUUACAAUGACUUCCGUUAUACGAAGGUUUUGCGGCACAUGUACGACCGCACCUCUUCGCGGCAUUCUCGACACGAGGAGCUGUGGACUUGGCUGCGGGAAAAAUAUGAAGCGGAACAACGGUUGGUGGACGCCAAAAGCCGAGCCCUUCAUGUGAAGCUGAAAGAGAUACGGAGCAUCCUGCACAGGGUCAAUGAUGCGUGGGAGCCGGAGAACAUUCCUUUUGAGAUGUCUGCGGACCAGCUGGUAAACAGCAAACACAAAUUGCAGUAUGAUGAGGCAAUCAUGAAGUUGCGUCAGCGUACUGCGAAUGACGAUGAGGAAGCUGAUGAUACCGCGCCGCAGCGGUUGCCAUUGGAAGAAGGAGAAUGCUCAUCGAAGAAUAAGGCGUUAGCUGAGGAAAACGUCAGUGGCUUGCAUAAAGUGUCUGACAGUAGCGGCAAAUGUAAGAAAAGCCUAAAUACACGUCUUCAAUGCGCAAUUUACAUGGGUGCCACAGAGGUUGCUGAUUGGCUUGCCUUGCACACGUAUGACCCACGCCGUCACACGGCUGCACAUUAUCGAGGAAUUUACAGCCGCCUGUUUUGGGUUGCUAUUCGAGCGUUGGAGCGCCACACUGUGCUGUUGGUACUUCUUACGACAAUGAUUAACUUUAUGCUUUCAAGAUGCUUAUGGGAAUUGAUACCGUUUUGCUUUAUUCUUGUCGUGGCGAUCACCUACCAUCCCUUUCCGCCCCACUUUAUUUUCGUAUGCCUCUUUUAUUAUGUGGCAAUUGGGAUUCUGCUGAAGGAACUGAUUGAUGUUGUGCUUACCCAUCUUUUCUAUUCACAGCCUCUUAUCGAAUUUCUGGCGUGGACGAUUCUGCACGUGUCGAAGGGUGCCUAUUGGAAGCAGCGGAUUGGGCACUCGUAUGUUAUAAUGGACUUCAUUGUUUUUGCUACACUGGUGCUGCAUCAGAAAACCUGCCUGGCAAAUGGCGUCUACAGUCAAAAAGAUAUUUUGCAGUCGAGGGAAAGUGAAAAGCCUCCAGAGAAUACACAAUGCGUUAGUGGGGGACAAUACUCCUCCUCCCGUGUGUGCUUCUUCUGCUUCUUCACCAUUCUCUACGCCGGAUGUCGCAUUUACGACAGAUCAAGUGGCGGAGGAGGAUCAGCAGGAGCAGGUGUCACGUUCACCGAAGGCUUCCGCCGUGGUCAGCCGCACAGAAGGUGUGAUGGGAAUGCACCAGAAAGUCCCUCUGUUUGUGUCUGGUUUUGUGCGAAAUGCAAUUACCACCCCUGGUGUCGGUAA